CGUCAGGGAAGAUGAGGCGGGCAAGCCGAAGGUGGCUGGGUUGGAUAUCGAGGAACCUGAGAAAGUCGACAGCGAGUUGAGCGAGAGGGACUGCUGGACCUGAGCGAAGGUAAUAGAGGCAGACAAAAGACAAAGGAAAGAUAUUUGGAGCAACGGUGUUAUUCGCAUGGCAAGGCGGGUGUUUAGCCGAUUCCUCACCGCAGGUCACCGACGUUGGUGGGGUGCAAAAGUCCUAUGGCACUCAGCAGUCCAGCGGCUGAUCGUAGUCUAUGCAGUUCGCUCAACUAUUACUACUUCAGGUGCUCCAUCCACGACUACGAGGCAAGAUGCUCUCAUUUGUACGAUACAAGCUCAUGGCGUCCUCGGCGGCUGCUAUUAGCUUCACAGCCAGCCACGGUACGAGCGCCGAGUUCUUCAAGAUCGAUCAUUCAUUACAUUCAGCUGCUUCUGAAGUCCAGAAAUCCAAGCAGCCCCCAAGUUACAGUCUCAGCGUCUCGAGCCCCUCGCGAUCAUUCUGACGUUCGUGGGGGUAGCACUGGGCCUAUCAGGAGAAGAAUGACUGCGACCGUUGCAUUCGUUGUGCUCCUGAUGCGGCUCCAGGCACAGCCAGCGGGAACGGUGCAACGGAUAAAAACAAAUAAAAAUGUUUAUGGUGUCGCACUGGAACUUAGGGAUUGGGAUUGCAUUCUAAUCACUACGGCAACUGCUUGUUCAUCCUGUGCGUGGAUACCCCCAUCUCCAUCUCCGUCUUCGGGACGAUAUUCCAUACCUCUCGCGCGCUGUAUUUCCUUAGCGACCAUGAUGCCUUCGGUCCGACAUCUCGCUGGUCACUUGAAUGCUGAAAGGGUAGGCUGCCAGACUGCCAGUCAACUUACUGAACGCGACAAGGCACGGGGGUUGCAACGUAGUCAGCGUUGGUCCCUCGACAGUCAACAGCGUUUAUACUAGUGUGGCCGGUGCUACAAGCCGGUUGCGGUCAAGACGAAGUACCAGUCUACUUCGGCGCCCGCACCCCUUCGUCUUCUCGCUUCCACCCAAUGACUGGGAUCUUUUAAUACUAGGUUGCUGAUAUCCGACUAUCCGUUACAUAAUAGUAUCAAUCGGCCCGAC